AUGGACUGGCCUUAUCACUUUGUCAAUCUUUCCCCUGAACAGAUAUCCGAAAGGAGAAAGUUGUUGGAUCUCUAUGGCUUCUAUGCCUGGCUGUCGCCAAUUGCUCUUGUCUGUUCAAUCUACUUGUCGCGAGUACUCCUUGCUAGUAUCUCCAGACGUUCUGGUAGUGUGUCUCCCAGCCAACCUCCAACGUUUUUUCGGGUUUAUACCCGCCGCCUCUUAUGGGUGUUGCAUUCACCGCUCUCUUCCGACUUUGGCGACGUCAAAGUCCACUUGAUCGGACUUCUUUACACCAGUUGGCUCCUCUUCCUCACCAUUCACAACACCGGUACAGAUUACAUGCAUUACACCAAACGUCUUGGUCAUAUCGCCGUCUCCCAACUGCCACUCCAAUACUUGCUCUCAACCAAAUCACCACUCUCUCCUAUUCAAGCUGCAACUGGACUCAGCCAUGAAACGCUCAAUCCGUAUCACCGUCUUACCGGCCGCAUAAUUCACCUCUUCCUCCUCGCACAUGCAGUCCUUUAUCUCAACUUUUUCUACGCCAUCAAUGCUUUGCCACGCCGUCUCUACGACCGCGACGUCCAACUCGGACUUCUCGCCAUCACCCUUCUCACCGCCCUCGCCAUUUCCGCCUCCCCAUCCAACCGCAGAAAGUCUUACCACAAGUCCUUCUACGUCCCACACGCCCUCCUCUCCUUCCUCCUCAUCCCGGUAAUAUCGGCCCACGUCCCCUACACCCGCAGGUACGUCCUUCAAAUUCUGAUCCUCUACCUCUUCAACAUGGCCACAAGAACAUUCAACACCACAACCCCACCUGCACCCGCCACCAUCACUCCAGUAAAAGGCACAAACGGUGCACUCCUCCACCUAUCCAUCCCUACACCCCAACCCCCGCUCGGCUCCCCAAUCCCAACCCAUUUCCCAGGCCAACACAUCUACCUCAAAUCCGGCCACAACCCAAUAUCCCCUAGAUCACCAUUCACCAUCGCUUCCGUCCCACCCAUCCUCAAUCUGUCCCCCAAGCCAGGGCAACAAGAAAACCCAUACCACGGCGGCCCUCUCCCAGAUCUGGAAUUGAUAGUACGCAAUCUCGGUGGUCCCACCACAGCCUGGCUAGCCGGCUCGGACUUCAAGACCACCACCAAAAAUAGAUUGGAGACUGAUCAAGACGGCGGCGCUGUUAGUCACUUAGACGCGAGUUUAAAGCCAUCUCCUCCAGCAAGGAAGCUAGAUGUCUUAGUUGAAGGGCCCUACGGCACCUCAUCCUCCAUCGUCCCAUCUCUCCUAGCCUCAUUCUCAAACUUACAUGCUCAGGAGAACUGGGAGGAUGAGGAAGAGGUCCUCCUGAUAGCAGGCGGUGUGGGCGCGACAUUCACACUACCGAUCUAUGUUUCUCUGUUGCGAGCUGCUCUUACGGCAGCACUCAGAGAGGCCGAUAUCGGCCAGGCGGAAGCACAGCAGCAGCAUGAGCGGCAGAAGUGUCAAGGAAGAGACGGCGCGCUAUCGGUAAUUACGUCGCUGAACUCAAUAUCACAACGUAUCCAUUUCCGCUGGAUUGUGCGAUCGCGAGCGGAAGCGGAAUGGGGGGUUGAGUAUCUGGGCAGAGCGAUCAGGCGAUUGGAAGAGGAGAUCGAGAUGGCUGUUGGUCGGGAAGGAUCUGUCGGUGGUGGAAGAAGUCAUCAGAGUACACAACAAGAGCCAGAGCCAGAGCCGAAGUUAGAAGAGCUGCCAGGUGGUCGUAGUCGCAACAACGGGCUAAAAAUGAAUGUCAAGAUCUACAUCACCCGCGCCACGCCACCGGACCGUAGGUACGACGAAAACGACAGCGAAAAACUAUCCCUGGACACCAAAGACCAGGAAGAGGAGGAUAUCAUGACAGGUCCACCCGCCAGAAUGGAGGGAACCACCAACAUCACUGCUCUUCGCUCCUCUUCCCCCCUUCCAGCAGGGGUAGAGAUCAUCACUUCCGCCCCCAACACCACCACCACCACCACCAAAACAAGCAUACACACCAUCAGCAGCAACAAGAACAGACCCCCCCUCCCCACCCUAAUCAACUCAAUCCUCUCGCCCUCAAACCCGCACGAGCACGAGCACGAGCACGAGCACAGCCCCUUCCCAGCGAACAAGACGAAGCAGAAAAGCAAACACGACCGCAUCACCAUCCUGACCUGCGCACCACCCCGUCUCACCACCGCGCUCAGAGAACAGGUCGGUUGCCACGUCAUGGGCGGCGGGAGGGAUGUGCGGUGGUUCGAGGAGGGGUUCGGGAUGGGUGUUUGA